AACACAAAGGUAAGUUCUGGGUUGGGCAGAAGGGCAUGGUCAUGGGGUUAAUACAAGUUAGUUUAUUAGUGCUUGGGGCUGUUAUGUUGGCUGAUGCAGCGUUGCCACAUUCAGUCAAAUGGCUAAAUCCUCGGUCUCCUUGGUCUCCUGGAACGUAUUACUCACAAAACCAAGUGCAAGCUUUUUCACCAUAUGACUCCAGCAUGACUCCAUGGGACUAUGGUAGGAUUGAGCCGAACAGUGUCUUGAACAUGCCUCAACCUCCAGUAACAUUUUAUCCUCGGGGCUUUCGUGAGGAAUCAGCUGGAAAUCCUGGCCAAAAACCAGGGCAAACCCCUGGGCAGAAACCAGAGCAAAAUCCUGUUCAGGAUCGUGUGCAACACCCUGCAGAGCAUAAUGUGCAAACGCCAGGAAGGCAUCCUGCUCAGGAUCCUGUGUCGGCUUCUCCCCAGCUUCCUUCUCUGGUAAGUGGUUCAAACCCACCAGCCUGGAAUCUAGUUCAGACUCCUGUGCCAGCACCUGUCUGGAAACCUGUGUUGGCACCAGUCCAGGAAUCUGCUCCAAGUCCUCUGCCAGAGCCUGUCCAAGCUCCUGCAGAGAAGAGCAGCCAAAACAAUGUGCCAGUCUGGAAUCCAGUUCAGAGUCCUUUACCAGUGCCUCCCCAAAAUGUUCCAUUGCUGAGUGGUCCAAGCACAGGGCUGGGGCCUGCCCAUGUACCUGUGCCAGUGCCUCCCCAGAAUUUUCCACUACCAAGUGGUCCAAGCUCAGUACUGCUGCCUGCCCAGGAUCCAGGUCCUGCAUUUGUGCCUGUGCCUUUCCAGAGUCUUCCCCAAUUGAGUGAUCCAAGCACAGGCUCUGGGCCUGCCUAUGAUCCCAGUCUUGUGCCAAUGCCUGCCCAGAAUCCUCAGUUGCCAAGUGGUCCAAGUACAGUACUGCUGCCUGUCCAGGAUCCAUAUCCUGCGUCUGUGCCUUUCCAGAGUCUUCCACAAUUAAGUGAUCCAAGCACAGGCUCUGGGCCUGCCUAUGAUCCCAGUCUUGUGCCAAUGCCUGCCCAGAAUCCUCAGUUGCCAAGUGGUCCAAGUACAGUACUGCUGCCUGCCCAGGAUCCAGGUCCUGCAUUUGUGCCUGUGCCUUUCCAGAGUCUUCCCCAAUUGAGUGAUCCAAGCACAGGCUCUGGGCCUGCCUAUGAUCCCAGUCUUGUGCCAAUGCCUGCCCAGAAUCCUCAGUUGCCAAGUGGUCCAAGUACAGUACUGCUGCCUGUCCAGGAUCCAUAUCCUGCGUCUGUGCCUUUCCAGAGUCUUCCGCAAUUGAGUGAUCCAAGCACAGGCUCUGGGCCUGCCUAUGAUCCCAGUCUUGUGCCAAUGCCUGCCCAGAAUCCUCAGCUGCCAAGUGGUCCAAGCACAGGUCCAGCAUCCGGCAUGAGUCCUGACCUGACGAGUAGUCCAAGUGAUGUGCUCUUGACUUCACCUCAGGCCUCGCUUUGGAGUCUAGGUCCGACUUCUGCUCAGUCUCCAGGACUGUCUUCUGCUCAAGCACCUAAUCCUACGCUGUACCCAGAUCCUCUGAACUCCCUCCAAUUGCAAGUCCAUUUACCCACUGAACCCCUAAAGAAGUUACUGUGGCGGUUUCCCAAAGCUCCAGAAAGGCCUAAGCAAUUUCCGGUGCAGUUUAGCUUGCGUCAGCCUACCCCAGUCAACAGUGUGGCUGCUGCAUGUGGGGAGAGUAUGGUGCAUGUGGAAGUGAAGCAAGAUUUCUUUGGAAAUGGUAAGCUCAUAAACCCUAGUUCUUUGACGCUUGGAGGUUGUGCAGCAUCAGGACUGGACUCUGCAGCCCGAGUGCUCAUCUUUAACUCCGAACUCCAGGCUUGUGGUAGUGUACUAACGAUGACGGAAGAUUACCUUAUCUACAGCUUUCACCUCCUCUACCACCCAGAGCCUUUGGUUGGUACUUCAAUUGUCCGAACAGGAAGAGUCAAUGUUCAGAUUGAUUGUCACUACUCAAGGAAGCACAAUGUGAGCAGUAUUGCUGUGUCCCCUACAUGGGUGCCGUAUUCCUCUACAGUGGCAGCGGAAGAGCAUUUGGUCUUCACCAUGAAGCUCAUGACUGAUGACUGGCAGUAUGAGAGACCAUCGAAUCAAUACUUCCUUGGCGAGUUCAUGAAGAUUGAGGCAUCUUUGACACAGUUUAACCAUGUACCUCUCCGUGUAUUUGUGGACCACUGUGUGGCAACUGCAGUUCCUGACAUUAAUGCUGUUCCCCGAUACACAUUUAUUGAGAACCAUGGAUGCUUGGUUGAUGCCAAGAUAACGGGCUCCAACUCUGAAUUUAUGAAACGGGUUCAAGAUGAUAAGCUGCAGUUUCAGUUGGAAGUGUUCAGAUUUGAACAAACCAACAGUAGUAUGCUGUACAUCACAUGUUUCCUGAAAGCCUCUACAACUUUACGGAAGACUGAUGCUGAACACAAGGCUUGCUCCUUUGAGACCAAUGGGUGGGCUGCUGCAGAUGGUAAUGACCAGGAUUGUAACUGUUGUGAUGGAGAAUGUGUCUCCAGGAAGGGGAGAAGUGUGCACACUGAAGAAGAUCAGUAUUUUGAAACGGAAGUCUCUUUGGGCCCCAUCUUGGUUGAGGAUGAUGACCACUUGUUGCAAUGAGUCAAUAGUGUUUCUUAAAAUUUUUAUAAAUAAAUAUGGGGAAAUUUGAA